AUGGAUGGAUUGAACGUAACGGAUGAUUUGCACAGUGCAGGCAGAUCAUCUGCAGUUGACAAUCUGGCAUUCGAUGCAGAUGAAGUCCCGCAAUGUGAAAAGGACGAGACCGACCGGAAUUCAGAUAUUUCUGACGAUGGCUCAAAUGAGCAGGUCAGAUCAGUGUUUCAGACGAAACAGGGCAGGAAGAGCAUUGACAUCUACUGGGUCUCUGAUGAUGGAGGUCUGACUCUUUUAGUGCCAUAUUUGUUGACCAGAAGAAACCGCUGGAAAAAGAGUAAACUCAGAGUGUUUAUUUUAGGAGGUCGAGAAACCAUGGAGGAAGACCGUAAAGACAUGAAAAUGCUGUUAAAGAGAUUCCGACUUGAGAUUGAGGACAUUGUCGUGUUAACAGACGUGGAUAAACCUCCUCUAGCUAAAAAUUUGCAGCGCUAUGAGGAAACCAUCGCCCCCUUCAGGCUGAGUGAAGAACAGGCUGGAGGAGACAUACAGGAGCUCAAGAGACUGAGUCCAUGGAAAGUUUCCAACAAAGACCUGGAGGCCAUAAGACCAAAGGUGGAGAGAACGGUGAGACUAAACGAAAUCAUCAAGAGGAACUCAAUUCACGCUGCUUUGGUUGUAAUUUCUCUUCCAGUCCCUGAUGUCACCUGUCCCAGUUCUCUCUAUAUGGCCUGGCUGGACGCGCUGAGCUACGGCAUCCACUGUCCUGUCCUGCUCAUACGAGGAAACCAGGAGAACGUCAUGACCUUCUACUGCCAGUAAAUGUGACUGUUCGUCAAUAAACACAUAUAUUACUGCACGUAAAGCUGUUGUCAGUUUCAGUGAUGUAAAGAUGUUAAACCUGUUGAACUGAAUUGAGCUGCUUAAUCAUCUUGUAUGUAUAUGAUUGUAUGACUGUGGAUGUAUGUUUAUUUCACAGGUUCUUAUGUCAGUAUAAUCUAUCUUUGAUGAUACAGGUUAACAAUUCAGUUAGAAAGGAUACAAUAUAAUGGGAAAGCACUUUGUCUCUGAUCUCUGGACCUUCAUUUCAGGGUAGAGGUUUCAUGCAAUUUAGACAAGACACAGUUAUAAUAUUAUAAAAUAAGUUUAUUUGCUUAUGCUUUUUAAAAUUACAUUUCAUUGACCAAAACAUUAUAAUGAAUAAUUUAGAAAGUUACAUUUUGACUACAUAUAAAUACUAGAUUAUUGCGAAUUACAAGUAUGUUUUGAUCUGCUUUUCAAUGUGAAAAAUACAAUUUAGCACAAUGGCGAACAUCUCAACUUUCAUUGAUUGUCUCAUUA